AUGUCGGCUAAAACACUAACGCCACCGCAAACAUACUCACGGCUAUUUCGUCCUUGGGACGGUAAGGAGACAAAAGCUGAGGUGCCUACGGCAACGUGUAGUGAACCAAGUCCGAGUUGUGCGGUGAACGGUGAAGAUUCGGACUCGUUCAGUGAUAGUGACAGUGAGCAAACGAUUAAAUCAGAACCGAUCGACUACAACCACAGUCCUGUGAAAUUAAGUGAGAGCUUCGGAUCGAAGGUUAAUGUCAUGCCGGAUCCAUCGAUGAUGCACUAUCCUUCAGCGGAUAUGGCCGCGUACUAUCAUUAUUGCUAUCAGCAGCAACAGCACCAACUGUCCGAACAUCCGUUACCUAGCCAAAUACAUCCAGAGGUGCAAAGAGUUGCCGGUCCAGUUGGAGCAUUCGGGGCAUCCUGUCUACCAUCGGUGAUCGAUCCGCUAGGAUUUACGUACGAUCAAAUGGAGCAAGAGUAUAUGCGUGUUUUGAGUGAGGAUGCAAAAGCGAAGUUACUGGCCAGUCGAAAACAGCGACCUAAAAAGUUCAAAUGUCCACACUGUGACGUAGCGUUCUCAAAUAAUGGUCAGCUGAAGGGCCACAUCCGUAUUCAUACUGGAGAGCGACCAUUCAAGUGUGAUGAGCCUGGGUGCGGUAAAACGUUCACCCGUAAUGAGGAACUAACACGCCAUAAACGAAUUCACACCGGUAUUCGGCCAUACGGCUGCCAGACAUGUGGUAAAAAGUUUGGCCGUCGGGACCACCUGAAGAAACAUACUAAAACACACCUGCCCCAGGAGCGUUAUACAUAUGGGCUGAUGCCGGCUUCAGCAGCCGCGGCUGCAGCGGCAGCCAUGUUGAUGCCGAUGUACGCGUCACAUGUCUUCGGAUACUAA